GGAAGGGAAGGGAAAGCGGGCGGAGUGUUCGUAAUAAUGAACCCCCGGCCGGCCACUUGGAUUACGUUUUCGCCGAGGUUUCCGGUUGUCGUAGGCCAGCCCCACACUGAUUUCGUCGGUGCCUGAAUAAUUGAAUUGAAGCCGCGCGCCAUGGAUCAUCAUAUCCCCCGGCCCCAUACUACUACGUACGUAAUAUAUAUACACACCACUGCCACUGCGCAAGUAAUUAAGUUAAGUAAGAUCAAUCAGUUGCUAAGCGGAGUACGUACUAGCUAUAUAUAUUAAUUAAUUAGCAUGGAUAAUUGCGGUGGAAAGAGUUUACAGCAGCAGCGCUGGCAGUCAUCAUCAAGCGGCGGUGCCGGUGAUGAGUUCGACUACUACUCUUUUGCAGCUGAAGAAUGUGUACAUUCCCCCGCCUUUUCUCAUCACCACCGCCCAUCCGCCACCGCCGCUUUGUCUGAACUUUUCCAACACCGUCACCCCAUCAGCAUCUUACCAUCGUUCAACAACCAAUCAUCAACAACCAAGCAGCAGCAGCAGCAGCUACGCAACCCUGCACCUAGGAAACGCUCCAGAUCAGCAGCAGCACCUUCACCCACCACCGUCCUCACCACAGACACCACCAAUUUCCGCUCCAUGGUUCACCAAUUUACUGGCUUUCCCUACGCCGCCGCCAAUACUCUUCCUCGCUCCUCCUACUUAACCACAACCUUUCUGCCCCCCGACGUUAUUUCCUCUCCUUUGCUUCACAUGUCCGCAGGCGUUUCAUCAUACAUUGACGAUUUCGGCUCACCUCUCCUCCCCAACAACAACGGAAUCGGAAAAUACAACUUCUCUGCAGCUCUGCGCUCUGGUUUUCACGACUACUACUGGAUGCCGCCAGAAAUCAGCAGCAGAUUUGACAGUAUGUAUGAUACAAUAAUCAUGGACGCGCCUAAUUAGCUACCUUAGCUUGUUUGUCCCAAAUCAAUCAAUGUAGCCGGCCGGCCUUGAUACACUUUCUUUUUUUGCAAAACAGAUUUCCCAAUUCCGGCCUGUUUUACAAAUCAAUCGGUGCUGCCCGGUUUCUUCACCAUUUUCAUCCAUCCUAUAAAACAUUAAUUAAUUAAAUUAGGUUUACAUGUGCUUUACGCUAUAAAUUUUGUUUUAGCCCGACUCCCAACUCCGCUUUUUGUUUUUUUUAAGGAGAGAUCGAAUUCCCAAUACGGGAGUAAGACAUAUGAGAGUCCUGUCAGUUACUUAUGUUUCCUGCCGAAAUUUUAAUAGAAACUGAUCAAAGUAUCCGUAAUCAAGAAAUUCUUAUUUGUUUAUUUAUUAACUCAUACUCACGUAUAAAACAAAUUAUUCAAGUGUAGAGCCUGUUCUCAAACAUAUCAUCGCACGAGAUGUGGUGUUGGACUAUCACCUCUUGUUCAGCCACCGUCGGCCGCCGGAUAAUACUGCCGGCCACCACCGUCGGUGUCGCCUGAACUGCUGCCGUUGUCAAGCAAGUCUUCAUCUGCUGCCGCUACCCUCUAUUUGUCUGGCCUUCCAUCCCCACCACACUAGCGCAUGCCUCUUGGAUUGCCGUCAUAUGUUCCGCCACCACCGCCAAUUCUUCUAGUGCGCUUGCUUCCAUGUCUGCCAUUUUAAAAUCAUAAUGUCAUUUUUGUAAAAAAAUACAUGACAUUAACAUUUGUAAACCAUGGCAUAUUUGCCUAACAUAUCCAUGUAAUUGCCAUCUUUACGAAACUUAUGUCAACUUCAUAAACCGAUUGCCCAAACAUAUUGAAAAUUACAUCCAACCGAAAUGAUUAAAAAAUAAGAUCUGUUUAUGUAAGUGACAUCGGAG